UGCAACGAGUGUAUCCCGUUCUUCAAACCUUAUUACAAGCAAAGAGCUUCAGCUAAUCGGAUGAGCCUUGAAACCUCUACUUUGCGUUGUUCUCUAUCCACGCUGCAAACAACCUUCUCAGUCAAUGGACAGUCUCUACCUUCGCCUCUCUUCUCCUCCUCGUCUCAUCGACCUGCACUUUUCGAACCCUAGAUCAAUCGCAAGCCAUCAUCUUAGCUCUGGAUCCCCACCUUUUCGAUGUCCAUUAUUCAUUCACGCCCCAAAGAUGAGUCGCCACUUCUUCCUCUUUGCCUCCGCCUCGUCAGGUGGCGCCGGAAUGCUUCCAAGACCUUCUAAAUCGUCUUCUGCUCCCUGCUUGGAAGCACCAAGCCAUCUCUCACUGCUGUUCAUCCACCUCGUGACAUCCGCAGUUUUAUUCGCAUGUUUUCGUGCGCGCGCAUCAGCCAUAGGACCUUCCCUAUCACUAACCACCACCGCCUCUAUCCCAUCAGAAAUAGCUUCGGCUGAGGGCUCAAGUUCUUCUGCUGGUGAAGUGGAGGAUGAGGAAUUUAGGGCUGCCUUUGAGCAGUGGAAGUCCAAAACCUUUGCCUUAACUGUUCCUCUCCGGAUAGUUGCGCUACGGGGUUCGGUGCCUCCCUCUUGGCUUAAGGAUUUUGUUCAAGCGCAAGGAAGGAGGUUGAAGAUGAAUACUGAGCUCCGUGGAAGUCUUGAAUCCAUAUAUUCUGAGCUGAAUUUGGCUUUUGAUAAAGAUUUUGUGGAUCGUAAGUCUGCCAUGUCUGCUGAUCUUAUUUCUUUGGGUGAUUCUUGGCUUAGCAUUGCCAUUCAAAAGGGUUUAAUUGAUCCUAUACCUAACAUAGAAGAACAAGAUUGGUUCAAGUCUUUAGGCAACAAGUGGAAGGUUCAAUUGUGCAGAAAUGUGAUGGGAGAGUUGGAUCCUUUGGGCAACAUAUGGGGAGCGCCUUAUCGUUGGGGAGCAAUUGUAAUAGCCUACAAGAAGAGCAAAUUUAAAAAACAUAACUUGGCCCCAAUUGAGGAUUGGGAUGAUUUGUGGAGGCCCGAAAUUACUGGAAAGAUUUCAAUGAUAGAUUCUCCAAGAGAGGUCGUCGGUGCUGUUUUGAAGCGCAUGGGAGCAUCAUAUAAUACUAAAGAUAUUGAUUUACAUGUUAUUGGUGGGAGAGAGGGUGUUUUGCAUAAUUUAAAAUCACUCCAAAAACAGGUGCGCUAUUUUGAUAGUGUGAAUUAUAUGAAGUCAUUCGGCGUAGGAGAUGUGUGGGUUGCUGUAGGGUGGAGCAGCGACGUCAUUCCUGCCGCAAAGAGAAUGGCUAAUGUGGCCGUAGUUAUUCCCAAAUCUGGCAGUAGUAUUUGUGCUGACCUUUGGGCAACACCUGCUGCAACCAAGUUCAGGACUGAUCGGAUUGGUGGGAGGGUAAGAGGUCCAUCCCCUCUCAUUCACCAAUGGAUCGAAUUCUGUUUACAAACAGCACGGGCAUUGCCGUUCCGGCAAGAAGUAAUCUCCGGAGCUUCUCCUUUUGCGCUCGAACACCUUCCGAUGGAACGAAUAGAGCCUGUUAAAGGGAAGCCAAAACUGGACACUAAUCUUGUGGAUGGGGUUCCCCCUCCUGAAAUUUUAGAAAAAUGCGAGUUUCUUGAGCCACUUUCAGAGAAGGCUUUGGAUGAUUAUAAAUGGUUAGUAUCCUUUAUGCAGAAACCACAUGGCAGUCUCUUUAGACAAUCUAAAUGAAUUUGUUAGCAUUAGUAGUUUUUGGAAGAUUUACAUACAUAUGACUCAAUUCUUAUGUAUUUAUAUGUCUAACACCUAAACUUCAAUUUUU